AGGUCGUCAGCGAGCGCUUGAUCAUCCGCACUGCGCCACAUCCUUCAGCACCGAUGCAGGGGACCAGGCGCAAAGGUCAAGUGUUGGAACUCUUUGACUGGGAUGAGCACCGGCAGUGGCGUCGCAUUCGCACCAAGCUGAACAACGCCUGGGUUGCGUUGGACUGGGAGCAGCCAUUGUUGCGGCCACAAGGAGUGCCAUUCUCACAAAUACCUUUGGAGCCUUUGUGCCAAGCUGCUCGUGAAGGAUGUGCCCAAGAUGUGCAUCGUUUCAUCGCAGAUGGCCUCGAUGUGGAUGUCCGCGACGUCAGUGGCCAGACUCCUUUGAUGUUGGCAGCGCAGAAGGAGGGUUGGAGGGGCUUGGUUUGCUGCGUUUUGCUGUUGGAAGCCAACGCGGAUCCGAACCUCUCCAUGGAAGUCGAGGACGCUGUCUCCUUCGACGAGAUUGCGCAGCUUGAAGAUGAGAAGCGUCGUGCGGUGGAGAACGAGGACUUCCAACGAGCACAUGACAUCAAGGAGCAGUUGGCCAAGCUGAAUGAAAGAAAGACAGCUGAAGUCAAAACUGCCGCUUCUCUUGCAGGUGAUACAGCUGCCAGCGAGCUCUUGAAUUCUCUCCAGAACCCCGAGAGUGGGACCACGCAACUUCUGAUCGCCUUCGAUGAAAUCGCAGCAUUGCCAGAGACGCCGGAGGCAAAGAGCAUCCCACGUCGCGUGCAAGCACUGCAGGCUCAGGUGAAGCAUCCAGCCAAAGCCACUCCCAACGUCUCCGUGAGCCAAGCUCCAGCAGCGCAGCCAGCGAGAGAGGACAUCACCGUUGAGGAUGAAAAUGGGGAACCGUGGCUGGAAUCUCCCCACAAAGUGGAACCCAAGCUUCUGCAAGGAGUGCUCUUCAGAGUUCAACAGACCGCACCUGUUUUCGAGGAGCCGAAGAUGUCAGCGGCCAAAUUGGGAAACGUGCGACAGCAUCAACUCUUGGAAGUCCUUGGCUACAACUCCACCAGGUGCUUUGGUCGUGUUGAAGUCAUCACUCCCGAGAAGGUGUUGGAGAAGGGUUGGGUGUUUCUUGGCUGCAAAAGGUAA